GUACCUAGUGGGGCGGGUCAUGUUGGAGGGUCUGUAUUUGUAGGGUGCAGCCUGUUACAGUGAGGUGUGCAUGUGCAGGGGAAGUGUAAGGUCCAGCGUGUUACAGUGUGUAUGUGCAGGGUGGCUGCAGUCUGUUGCAGUGUGCAUAUUAUACAGGGGAAGUGUAAGGUCCAGCGUGUUACAGUGUGUAUGUGCAGGGUGGCUGCAGUCUGUUACAGUGUGCAUAUUGUACAGGAGAAGUGACUGGGAAGUGUUGCAAUCUCCAGCUUCUAACAUUGUGACCGCAGGCCUGGAGGAGGGCGGACGAAUGAAAGUGAAAGUAACCUUCCCACUUGUAGUUUCCGGGACUCACAACUGAAUCCAGUUUAAUCUUAAAGGAGCAGAGGCGGCUGCCAGGCACAGAAGGCGCCAAACUGGAGUCAUGAGACUGCAAUCAAAGUAAAGUAUGAGAACGGAACCUGACCUAGAUAAUGGAUGAAGAAUAUGAAGAAUACUUCAACAAACCGUGCGAUGUAGCAGAAGAAUACACCAGCAAGCAGUACAGUUUAUCCGCGUUCGAUCACCAGUGGUUUUAUGCAAAAUCAAAGGUCCAAGUUUGUCUUGCAAUUACCGAAUGUCUUCCUUUUCUACAAGAAUUAAAGGAUGCAGGUUUCCUCUCUGAAGAAGAAUCAUUGGAGCUGCAAGCAGAUACCAGGUCUGUCCACCGAGUAGUGUACGAAUCUCUGUGCUGGAUAGAGGAAAAGAACAUCAGUUUACAACGCUUCUUUGAGCACUUGUUCCAGGAAUCCUACUUGAAAAGAUACCCCGAUCUGAGGCCGGUUUUACAAGAGUACAAUGAAAAAAAAUCUAGGGACACUACGCCAGGCCCCCCCGACACGGAGAGUGACCACUUGAUUUUCGCACAGGAGAAAGUUCCUAUUUGUCUGGCAAUAACAGAUCGUUUCCCAUUUCUGCACGGGUUGCAGGACCUCACCAUUCUGUCCGAAGCGGAGUCACUGAAACUGCAGGCAGAUGAGAGGCCAGUCCAACGAGUCAUCUAUGAAUGUCUGUCUGUUAUUGAGAAGAAGGACAUGAAAUUAAAUGUAGUAUUUGAGUAUAUAUUCCAGGAGUGUUACCUGAAAGUGUAUCCUGUUCUACAGGACAUGCUACUACAAGAACCCAAUGAAGACCAAGCCGGGCCGUUUAACGGGAAACAGUUUCCAAAUUUUAGCAGGCCUGAAGAUCUAUUGGAUUUUUUUAAACACAACAAAAUGUAUAUCUGUGAAGCUAUAGAUGAACGAUUUCCAAUACUACACGGAUUGCAGGAUAAAAGAAUGCUGACUAAAUUACAAAUGUUGAUGCUCCAAGCUGACAAAAGGCCUACUAAGGAGGUGCUGUACGAAGCUCUGGGCUUCAUUGAACAGAGAAACAACAUAGACCUAUUUUUUGCCUAUGUGUUCCAGGAAUACUAUCUUGACCUGUUCCCCGAUCUCAAUAUCAUCUUGCAAAGUUUAAACGAUGCGCUAAAGCUAGAAAUUUAUCCACCUUCUUCAGAUUUGGAUGACACGGUGACAGCACCAUUUAGAAGAAGCAGAACGAAGCAGAUUAAUUAUGUAUCCUGUCCAGAUCAAGUCAAAGAAGUACAUGAGCAGGAUUCCAGCGGAUCAUCCACAGAUUUGGAUGACACGGUGACGGCGCCAGUUAGAAGAUGCAGAACAAAGCAGAUUAAUUAUGCUGAACCACCUGAUUAUGACUUGGACAUUGUGAAUGGAAGGAAGAGACACAAAGAUUUGGAUGACACGGUGACGGCGCCAAUUAGAAAGUGCAGAACGAAGCAGAUUAAUUAUACUGAGCCACCAGAUUAUGAAUUGGAAUUGGUUAAUGGAAGGAAGAGACACAAAGUGUCCCGUCUAGAUCAAGCCAAUGAAAUACAGGAGCAGAAAUCCAGCGGCUCAUCCACAGAUUUGGAUGACGCUGUGACCGCGCCAAUUAGAAAAUGCAGAACGAAACAGAUUAGUUAUACUGAGCCACCUGAUGAUGACCUGGAAACUGUUAGUGGAAGGAAGAUACAUAAAGCUCCAGAGUGUACAUUACGGCGGAAAUAUAAAAAGAGGCGUGGCAAAGACACAAAGUUCCGGAAACAGAAGGGCCGUAAAUGGGAUACUGUGUCCCAUCUAGAUCAAGUCAAUGAGCAGGAAUCCAGCGGAUCAUCCACAGAAUUGGAUGACGCGGUGACAGCACCAAUUAGAAAAUGCAGAACGAAACAGAUUAGUUAUACUGAGCCACCUGAUGAUGACCUGGAAACUGUUAGUGGAAGGAAGAUAUAUAAAGCUCCCGAGUAUACAUUACGGCGGAAAUAUAAAAAGAGGCGUGGCAAAGACACCAAGUUCCGGAAUAAGGGCCGUAAGUGGGAUACUGUUGCUAAAAAUGUCGCUGUCAAAUUGGAAUUUCCUAAACAAGUUUUCAGUGACAGCUUUCAGGUGAGGUGUGGUAAGAAGAAAGGGCUCUUCCUGAAGAAACGCUGGACUGGAGAUUCCAGGUAUGACAAGUGUAUCAGAUCUGAAGGCAACUGGUUUACUGUGACAAAGUUUGAAAAAUACGGAGGAAAAGAAGCAAGCAAGAACUGGAAGAAAACCAUUUCCUGUGAGAGAAUCCCACUGGAAACCCUAAUUAGGUCUGCAGUCCUGAAAUCUCCCAAGCCAUCUUACCUAAGAGAUUCAAGGAAAACUUUAUGAUUGGAUAGUAAUUGAAGUGAAAUAUGAUCACACGAACUAUGGCACCAACAACUCAGGAUAAUGUUUACCAUGAUCAGAGCAACAGGGAACUGUAAAUGACCUUGUGGCAGCAGAGACAUUUGGCGUGAAAUAGGUGUUAUACGAAUUCUCCAUUGUGAACUAAAUUAUAAACGUUUUAAUAAACUGACAAGUCUUUCAUCAGGUCAUAUGCAAAUGGAUAGUUCAGCAAAGCUUUUGAUUUAAAAUAUUUGAGGGACACUGCAGAUUAGUAAAGUACAAGCUAAUGCCCUCUUAAUCCUAUCCAGCAAAUUUAUGUGGCGUUCCUUUGCUUUAGAUGCUGCCUAAGGGGGCGAGAUUCCCCUACUACACCACUUGGAAAAGAAAAAGCAGGACACAUGUUUACAGUCUCCCACCAUACUGGAAAUAGUAGUGGUUGAUUCACAUAUACAAGUUCAUUGAUUUUACAGCUGCAACCAUGCUUUGCUAUUUUAGCUUUUUGUCCUAUGUUUGCAUUCCUUUUUUAAGCGUGAGGGCAAGUCUGAAUAGUGAAUUUCAUCUUCAUGCUUCAUUUUAAGAUUUGUUUUUACUUUAAUACUAAAUACAUUUGUUAUACAAAUAUA